AGAUCUGCGAACUGAAAUUCUGAAUUCACGCCUGUCGGCCAUAUUGUUAUUUGUAAUUCUUGUCUCUUGAAUCGUUUUGUCGUUGGGUAUAAUUUUAAUUUAUUUGAUAAAAUCAUAAUCGUUUUAAAUAUUCUAAAAACGUUUUGUGUCAAUAAGUGUAUAGUGCGUCUUAUUUUAUUAAUUUAAGUUUGAAAGACUUCGUGUAGUUUUUAGAAUGGGUAGAAAGAAGAAGAAGGCGUCUAAACCUUGGUGCUGGUAUUGCAACAGGGAAUUUGACGAUGAAAAAAUCCUAAUUCAACAUCAAAAAGCGAAACAUUUUAAAUGCCACAUAUGCCACAAAAAACUGUAUACGGGACCAGGGCUGUCGAUUCACUGCAUGCAGGUCCACAAAGAAGCGAUAGACAAAGUUCCAAAUUCAUUACCAAAUAGGUCGAAUAUAGAAAUAGAAAUCUAUGGUAUGGAAGGUAUACCACCUGAAGAUAUAAAGGAGCAUGAAAGGCAGAAAACAGGUGGUGGCAAAGUGUCAGACAGUGAUGAUGAUGAACCAGCUGCAAAGAAAAAGGCAACAUCAGCACUGCUGGGCCCUGGACCUUCGAAUGUGACGCAGGGGAUCUUACCGACCCCCAUGGGUCCCGUUCCUCCAGGAAUGUACCCUGGCCAUAUGGCCAUGAACCAUAUGAUGCCACAUUUUAUGCAAGCACCUAGAAUGAUGAUGCCCGGCAUGAGGCCGCUCUUCCCCGCAGUUAGUGUUCCUGUUUCAACACCUAGUAAACCUACCUUCCCUGCGUACAGCAACGCAACAAUAAGCGCACCGCCAACAACCUCAACGAGCAACAGCGAUCCCAAAGAGAACGGGGACGUGAAGCCACCAGCGGCUAACACCUGUCCCCUGGUGACCGCCACGGGGGCGGGCUCCAAGAUCAUACACCCUCCGGAGGACGUGUCCCUCGAAGAGAUCAGAGCGAGGAACGGCAAGUAUAGGCCGAGACCGAAGCCCGACCAGCAGAGCACGCCCGUGUCGGCCCCGGCCAUGAUCACACCGAGCACCAGUCAAGCUGAGUCCCGCGCACUGCAGGUGCAGCACACCCUGCAGGUGGCGGCGCACAUGUCGGCGGCGGUCGCGGCGGCCCGCCAGCAGGCCCUGCGCCGGCCCGUGCUGCCCGCCGGCAUGGGCAGCAUGGGCAGCAUGCCCGGCAUGGGCAGCAUGCCCGGCAUGGGCGGCAUGCCCGGCAUGGGCGGCAUGGUGCUCGGGCAGGUGCGCGUGCCCGUGCCCGUGUCGAUGCCGCUGCCCGUGCUGCCCGUGAUGCCGCAGUUCAACCUCGUGCGCCCGCUGCAGCCCGGGAUGCUGCUCCCGGGCGGGAUGAUGCAGAUGAGCGCCAUGUUCCCGGGCGGCGUGCCCGGCCUGCCCAUGAUGCAGCCGCGCUAUCGGUAGCUGAGGAGUUAGGCUAAGCGUCCCCGUCUCGCCCGCCGCCCAGGUAGGCCUCCGCCCCCGACGGACUCUUUCGGUUCGCGCAUCCUGACUGACGAUAUGGUGACUGGUCGUGUUGGAAAGUCGAGUUUUGACGCUUUGAUUUUAUACUGAUGAAUAAUGUAAUGAUAAGACUUUUAUACUUGAUUGAGCCGCGCUGCUGUAGUUUAAUUUGUAAUAGAUAAUGUGAAUUUGAAUAAUAAUUAUAUAAACGAGGGUGGAACGGAAAGAGUCCCGACGGUGAGUGGCGGACGGAACUCCGCCAGCGAUUCGGUCGGUGAGGUUAAGCGGGGCAAGGUAAGGCCGGCGCAGGAUGGGUACCCACUGGCAAGAGUAAGUGCGGCGCGCGGGACAGGUGACGAGAGUCGCCCGCGAAGAAAGCGCCGACAUUGAAACAGUCUGUGGCGGCAUCUUGUGCGAUCCAAAUACAAAGAUUUUGAAGAUAGACAACCUUAAAAUUAUUGUCCCUAGUAAUUGUUGCCAGUAAAUAACAGUCGACUAAAACACUAACAUUGUUAAAGUUAUAAACCAAAUUAAAUUGUACUUAUUUAAAUGUCCCCCGAAGUGAAUCUUUUUAUUUGGAACGCACAUGAAAACCGUGGACUACACCGGGCACAGUUUGAGAUGUUUGUACGUUUGUCAUGUAAAAUAAUUGUAUGAUCUCGGGUGGGUGGGGUGUGAGUCUCGGGUUUGCGUGCCUUUCACCCGGUGAUAUUAUAUAUUACAAUGUGUCAACUGUUUCGUAUGUCUGUGCGUUGUGUUACGGGUUGGGCCGGCAGUUCCCUGUGCGGUGACGCUACACUAAUCGAACAUUGUUAGAUUUUUUAUAUAAUGAGGGUACUUGUUGAUCUCGGGGUUUAACAAUGAUUUCCAUCACAAAUGAGCAUUGUUUUAGUGUAUAACGCUUUGGAAAAAUAGUUUUCAUAAUGAGGGUAGUAGUGUUUUUCGUGGUGUGUGCGUUAGUGCAGCGACACGACACAGGCGACUCGCAAAAUGUCACAACUGUAGUUGUUGGAUUGGCGGCCCCCUGUCCCCUAGCUAUAAUUAUUAUUAUUAUAUUAAUUAAUAAAGUAACCUCCCGCGCCAUGCUGACGGGCGUCGUAGUUAAAAUUUAAUUUACGGAUAAGAAGUGUGUAAGAGUAACGAAAAUGUUAUUAAUUAAUGUUAUAUAUAUUUGCCUUAACGAACUUUUUUUUCUUAUGAGUUUCCACAAGUUGUGACGUUUGCUCUACUCUUGUAGAAUUUUGACCGUUUUACUCAAUAAAAUGCUCUCAUGGAA